UCAGCUGUCAAGAACAGGAAACAUGAGAGUUGUCGUUGCUCUUCUAACAUGAAGCAGAUUGAAGCAAAAAUUGUAGUACUUGGCUCUCAGGGAGUUGGCAAAACCAGUGUUGUGACCAGAUAUGUUACUCAAACAUACAAACAUGUCAGUCCUACCAUUGGGGCCUCCUUUUUCACCUGCAAAGUGACCAUAGGGGACUACAGAGUGAAAAUGAGUGUGUGGGACACAGCAGGUCAGGAGAGGUUCAGAUCUAUGGCUCCCAUGUAUUACAGGAAAGCCAAUGCUGCAAUGCUUGUAUAUGAUAUUUCUAAUAAAGAUUCUUUUGAUGAUAUAAAAAUGUGGGUCAAUGGUAAGUAG